AUGUCCUUCCAUCGCACUUUUGUAUCCUCCAUCUCCAGAGCCGCUUUCAGACCUCAGGUCAGCCGUGUCACAGUAAACAACCAAUUCGCCUCAUUCCGUGCCCGUGUCGCAGCCAUGUCGACGAUUUCAGAAGCCAUCAUCAAGGACCACCGUGAGCUCGAGUCGUACUACAACGAGGUCAUCAACUCAGACGAUGUCGACCACAAGACACGAUUCGGAAACCAGUUUACUUGGGAGCUUGCCCGACACUCUGUAGCCGAGGAGCUGCUCGUUUACCCUGCCAUGGAGAAGUACAUUGGCAAGGAGGGUCACGCACACGCUGAGAAGGACCGUCAGCAGCACCACCAGGUCAAGGAGCUCCUCAAAGAAUUCCAAAACAUGAAAGCCACCGACUCCGCCUACGUCCCUAAGCUCAAGGAACUCUGGGGCAUCCUCGGCCAGCACAUCAAGGAGGAGGAAGCCGACGACUUACCUGCUCUUGAGAACGCACUAGCGAAGCCCGACAACAAGGGUGCGUCGGAGAGUCUGGCCAAGAAUUUUGGACGCACAAAGGCGUUUGUGCCAUCGAGGAGUCAUCCCAGCGCUGGCGAGAACCCGCUCUUUGAGGGCCCGAUGGGCAUGCUGGCCGCCCCCAUUGACCACAUUGCCGAUAUCUUCCGCAAGUUCCCAGACAACACUAUCAGCCCGAAUCCAUCGACGAAGUAA